UUCUACCUGGUGGUGCUGGUGGCGUGUGCUGUGCUGGCCCUGCUCAUGCUCAUCGCCUCCAUCGUCUACGUCGUGGGCGUCAACCCCCAGGCGCAGAUGACUGGCAGCUACUACUACAACCCCAUGCUGGCCAUGUGCAACCAGAUCUACAGCGGCAGCACCUACAUCAACCAGUACCUCUACCACUACUGCACCGUGGACCCCCAGGAGGCCGUAGCCAUCGUCUGUGGGUUCCUCAUCGUCCUCCUGCUCUGCCUCAUCUGCUUCUUCGCUCACAAGACGCGGAGCAAGAUCUGGAAAUACGGGAAACACAACAUCUACUGGGAUAAGGUGCCAGUGGUCCAGGAGGGUCCCAAUGUGGAGGAGUGGGUGAAGAACGUGGCAGACGGGGCCAGCGUGCAGGACGAGACGGCCACGCUCGCCUACUCGGAGAAGCCGACGAGCCCCAUCACAGCCCCACCCUACAGCCCCCCCUCCUACAGCUGUGCCCCCCAAAACGGGUACUACCCCCCCGGGACCUACAGCAGUCGCGGUGACCAGCCAGACCGGGGGGUCAGCCCCAGCCCGGUGGAGGAGAAGGGGAGGGAACAGCCCCCCAAGCCCCCUACCCGCCGCGGCCGCCGCCGCCGCCGCAACCCCGAGCUGGACGAGUCCCAGUACGAGACCGAUUACACCACGGCCGUGGAGUCCAGUGACGAGCGGGACCAGGACCAGUGGGCCAGCCUCUACCCCCCCAUCUCCUGCCCUGCCACCCGCCAGCGCUACAAGCAGGAGUUUGACACCGACCUGAGGCGCUACAAGCAGCUCUGCGCCGAGAUGGACGGCGUCAACGACCGCCUCAACCAGCUCAACAAGCAGCUCGACAGCGUCCCCGAGGACAGCCCCCAGUACCAGGACGUGGCAGAGGAGUACAACAGGCUGAAGGACCUCAAGCGG